UGUGUGUGAGGGCAAGUCAAUACGUUUUUGGCUCUGAUCUUCAGAUUCAGGGACCCUCACAGGGAGAAAGUAGCGAUAGCGGCGCGGUUAUUGCUGAGCUGGAAAGUCGUCGUCUGAAAUGGCCUUUCACAGCAGCCAGUGCUGUCGGCUUAUCUGCAGGACGCACGCCGCCAAGGCCCUGCGGAUAGUGAGGGUGCCAGCUGGAGACAAACUACUGCAGCGCGGCUAUUCUGUGACUAAAGAGGAAAACCAGCCUUACAGUGAGGUGACAGAAGCUAAAGCCCAGCCUGUGCAGGAAGUAGUUGUUGCGCAUGGUCACAGGCGUGUUUUGAAGGACGUCUUGCCUUUCUCAGAAUUCCUCACGGACGCUUUUGGACGAAGGCACAGUUAUCUGCGAAUUUCCCUUACAGAAAAAUGCAACCUGCGCUGUCAGUACUGUAUGCCAGAGGAGGGAGUGAAAUUGACCCCAAGGAGCCAGCUCUUGACCACAGAGGAGGUGCUGACUCUGGCUCGACUCUUUGUCCACGAGGGGGUGGAGAAGAUCCGCCUGACUGGAGGAGAGCCACUUAUCCGCCCUGAUGUACUCCAUAUUAUCGCGGAAAUGCGGAAGCUUGAGGGUCUGAAGACGAUUGCCAUAACUACUAAUGGUAUAAAUCUUGCUAGAGUGUUGCCUGGUCUAAAGAAGGCGGGAGUGGAUCUACUCAACAUCAGUCUGGACUCAUUAGUGCCGGCCAAGUUUGAGUUCAUCGUUAGACGUAAAGGGUUCCAUAAGGUGAUUGAAGGGAUUGACAAGGCUGUUGAAAUGGGUUACAAUCCAGUUAAGGUGAACUGUGUGGUAAUGAGGGGUCUGAAUGAAGACGAGUUGCUGGACUUUGUGGCUCUGACUGAGAAGAAACCUCUGGAUGUGCGCUUCAUAGAAUACAUGCCUUUUGAUGGCAACAAAUGGAACUUCAAGAAGAUGGUGAGCUACGCAGAGAUGCUGGACCACAUUAAGCAACAGUGGCCCAAUCUAGAGCCGCUUCCUGGGGAUGAGACAGGCACUGCCAAGGCGUUUAGGGUGCCAGGAUUUAAAGGUCAACUGGGUUUCAUCACAUCCAUGUCGGACAAUUUCUGUGGCUCCUGCAACCGUCUGCGCAUCACAGCUGACGGCAACCUCAAGGUGUGUUUGUUUGGAAACUCUGAGGUGUCUUUGAGGGAUUUUCUGCGCUCUGGAGCAUCUGAUGAGGAGCUGCUGCAGAUUAUAGGCGCUGCAGUGGGGAGAAAGAAGAAGCAGCACGCAGGCAUGUUUAAUAUAUCUCAGAUGAAGAACAGGCCGAUGAUCCUCAUUGAUGGAGAAUGUAGCCAGCAGCCUGUGUCUGUGUUAAGAGGUGAGCAGAGGGGGCUUCCUCUCUCCUCUCCUCGCAUGGGUCCGUCAGGCCGAGUAACAACACAGUCUCACAGGCCCAACUACCUACACUGGAGUGGCCAAGUCAACAACAAUUUUACUAGCAGCACUUUUGUGACAGAUGCACCUGGUUCUACAAACUCUGUCUCUUGUGAAACUGAGACAGUAGUGAAUGUUUACCAUGCCUGUCAGGGAAGGAGCUCAGCUUUCUCUGACGUAUUCAGCGGUAAUGCAGUGAACAUUUCAGAUUUUCAGUAUGCUUCCAAUUCUGAUACACGCACAGACAGGUUUACACAGCUGAGACACGCACAUAGACUUGGAGGCUAUCUCAGGCAGACGUCACUGAGUGGCCUCUCCCAGACUCUCCCCAAACAGAGACGUCCACUGCAGCAGAGCCUAAGGGAGCAUCAUAGUCAAAAUGACGGUCCUAAAAAUUUCAGUACAGCAAACCUCCUGUUCUCAAACAAGGAUGGAACCUCUGACCAGUUGACCCACACUGACGCACAAGGCAAAGCCUCAAUGGUCAACGUUGGAGAUAAAGCAGUGACUUGCCGCACAGCAACAGCCUGUGCCUUGGUCAUUCUUGGUCCCAAGGCUUUUGGUCUGGUCCGUGCCAACCAGCUAGCCAAGGGUGAUGCUUUAGCGGUCGCGCAGUUAGCAGGCAUCAUGGGUGCUAAGCAGACCUCCUCUCUGAUACCUCUGUGCCAUCCUUUGCCGCUGGACCAUGCCUCCGUCACAGUUGAGCUGCAAGAAGAGGGGCAUAUGGCUGUUGUCAUGGCGACAUGCCAGACAACAGGCCGCACUGGGGUGGAGAUGGAAGCGCUGACAGCAGUGACCGUAGCGGCAUUGGCGCUCUAUGACAUGUGCAAGGCAGUCAGUCGUGACAUUGUUAUCACUGACAUCAAACUACUCAGCAAGACGGGAGGACGGCGAGGUGACUUUCAGCGCACCAGCUAAUAGCAAACCGAAGCUACCACAUGCAGUCGUAUGCGAAGGUUUGAUUACCUGUGGUCAAAUGACAUGUUUUGCUGAAUUUUUAAGUGAAAAUAAAUACACACCCUCUAUACACUGUUGCACAUUUUAAUGCACAAUUAUUAUUUAA